GACUGAGGUUGUUGUGCGGGAGGGGGAGGGAGGAAAGUAAUCAGUGACGAAUGUCAAAUGUAUUAAAGUGAUUUCCCGAAUAAUUACGCCUGAUUGGAAGGAGAAGCAAAAGUAUAAACACGAAGAAUGGUUCCUGACCCCCCAGUCAGGGGUAACUUGUUAACCAGUCUGUCUUUCCCUAUCUGGUCAGACCUCGAUUAAGAGAGACUGCGAGAGAGCGUGCGCAUCAGAACUGUCACAACAAAAACAAACCCUUCACUCCAUCUCCUGGCUCCAACAGAAUCGCUGGAUCGGGAUCUCUUCCAUGUGGAUGUAAAAGAAGGAACUUAGAGAACAGGCAGCGCAAACAUAUUUCUGAAAAUAGUCUGUCUUUUCGGGCAGAUAGGUCUGUGUGGGUUACACAACGUCUCCCUCCUACAUUUUUGCAAAUGCCAACGAUAAAAGGAGGAACAAAAGACCAAACAUGAAGUUUCCAUCCCACCCCUGACUGAAUGGGCAGUACAUAAAAUUCAGAGUCGUCGCUAAAAGAGAGGAAAGAUAGACUGAGUAGUUAUAAACAAGAUAAUAUCUGAGCAAACCACAACAAAACUUACCCUCCCCCAUUCUCUGUAUUGACAGAGACAGCUGAACUGGAGUUAAAUUUGUAGAGUAAACUGUAUUCAGAAGAGGAACGAGGACCUCAAUUAAAGAAAAGAGAAACGCGUAUUAGCAUCCCCGUCUUCAUCUGACUUUUGUUUUUUGGUGACAGAAGUCCUGAGGCAAACGGAGAGCCGUUGUACUGGGGUCGGGUGAAGCUACAUCUCGAACCUUUAUGAUAUAAGCUCCUGCAGGGUGUUAAAUGAUGCUUUAUCGUAAGAGGCAUUCUUGCCACAUAGUUCCUCUCUGUUUUUGUUCUCUUCUGUGGCUCUCUGCCUCCUGUUACAAACCUGUGAUCAUAGUUCAUGGUUUGUUUGACAGUUCUGCUGACUUUGUGCAGUUACUGGGCUACAUCAACCAGACCCAUCCUGGAACAAACGUGACAGUAAUUGACUUGUUUGAUCGUAGUGAGAGCCUCAAACCAAUGUGGAUGCAGGUGCAAGGAUUUCAGGACGCAAUCUCUCCUAUAAUGCAAAAUGCUGCAAAUGGAGUCCAUCUAAUUUGUUACUCCCAAGGUGGUUUAGUCUGCAGAGGAGUCCUGUCCAUCAUGUCGAAUCAUAAUGUUGACACCUUCAUAUCUCUGUCUUCACCUCAGAUGGGACAGUAUGGAGACACAGAGUACAUAAAAUUAUUUCCCCAUUAUGUAAAGAAAAACCUGUUUCGCUUUUGCUACACCCAGCUGGGGCAAACUGUUUCUGUCUGCAAUUACUGGAAAGAUCCUCAUCACCGAGACCUCUAUCUGAACAUCAGUAAUUUUUUGCCUUUGCUGAAUGUGGAGAGCACAAAUCCAAAUGCGUCAGAAUGGAAGAAAAACUUUUUAAGGAUUAAAAAACUGAUUCUGAUUGGUGGCCCAGAUGAUGGAGUUAUAACGCCAUGGCAGUCAAGUCAUUUUGGCUUCUAUGAUGAGAAUGAGACUGUGAUAGACAUGACAGGUCAAGAGGCUUACCUCAAGGACACAUUUGGGCUGAAGACCUUGGCUGCUAGAGGGGAUAUUGUCACUUAUUCUGUCAAUGGAGUUGAACACACCAAAUGGCAUGACAAUGAGACUGUUUUCAAAAACUGCAUUGCUAAGUGGCUUACCUAGGUUAUAGGAGUGAACAAAAUCAAAGAUGCUUAUGUUGUUUCUGAAGGGAAAACUACUUUUUCUGAGCUCUUGCAAAUGUUUAGCACUUAAUAGAUUUUUAUGAAUUGCUCUGGUACUCAAGAUAGCAAGAGGCUAUUUGUAUACCUCAUGUGAGACUUUUUUAGUGCUCUCUUUAUGCUGCUCUCCCUGUUGUGAGGAAUAGGACAUUAUGGAGAAGCGCGAUGUACUUUAUUGUAAUGCAGCCCUGGCACUUCUUAAACUGUUUUUUCAGUAAUUGUUUCUCUGCCUUCCCCAUUAGAUUACGAGCUGCCACAUUUGCAGAGUUCUCCUGGACAGAAUAAUUCAGACAAUGACUGCCUGAUACUGCCUUUUACUAACAAAGGGUCUGCGUUGUAUAUAUAUUCCAUCUUUCAUGCACUCAUGGUACUGACAAGUUAGUUGUUCUACAUUUUGCUUGCUGCAGCUCAUGGUUGGAAUUCUAGGACAUAGAAACAGACACAGCUAUUCUAGAUGGUAAAGUAACCAAACUAAUGGCCAGCUUAAUAAAUCUGCUUUUAAAAUUGGGGAGGGAAUUACUUUUAACACACACACUAGAUCCUAGAAGAAAAAUGAUUUAAAAUGUUUUCCAGAAUACAGAAGAGACCCCUUUCAAUAAGGUUUUAUGAUAAUAUCUGCUUGUGGCAAAAAUAGAACUUUGACUGUCUGGCAUUCUUCUUUACACUGCAUACUAUAGUUACAGUAUGGAAACCGUUUUUUAACAUGCACCCAAUCUGGAAAGAUAUAUGCUCGUGACAUUUUCACUGCAGCAUUGGUCAGCCAGUUCAAGCUUAGUUAGUAAUUAUGUUUCUGAUAAUUUAGAGACUGAUUUGGUUGUCAAGUGUUGUCUUCCUUUCUUAGAGUGCAAGAACUGUCCACUUCUUACACUCUAAAGAUGAUUGAGAGACUAGUCUAUGUAUAACCCAGUAAUUUCGUCACACAUGGUGCUGCAUCAGUUUUGAUAUGUACCCUAUCCUGGAUAGAUUACGUCAUGUCUAUAGUGUCUGACUGUUAUAGUAACUGGUCUGCUACAGGUGAGAGAUCUUGUAACAUUUUUAGCUUAAAUCAGAUAUUUUACCAUCACAUCAUUAAAAAGGGAUCAUACAAGACAGGAACAAUGUAAUCUGAAAUAGAAGAAAGGUAAUGUGUUGCUGUCAAGAUUGCGGUGUCAUCUGUCACCUGACAUUGGUGCAAAAAAGUAUUCCUUUUGGCUGCUUUGUUUUGUAAUUCAGACAGAGAAGGGGUGGGACAGCUUCCCAAGAUGUCACUUUCAUCAGGAUGUUUACCAGACUGUACUACAUAGAUGGUGAGCUGCAGUUAUUUUAGCUGUAAGAGGCUGCCAUUUCAACUACAAUUUUUUCAUUUAGAACGGUAUGGGCAUGUGGUGAUAUCUAAGCAUGCAUGCCUUUCCCACGCCUGCAUGGUGUUAGCACUGUCCACCUACAACCUGGAAUGCUACUAGGAAUGUAGUUUUCCAGCCUCUCAGCUUCUGUUAGAAGGAAGUCUGGCAGCGAGUGUUGCAUCCACUAUGUCCCCCAGGAAAAAAAUAAAUAAAUAAAACAGUUGUAUUUCUUCCCUUCUGGUUGACUUCCUAGCAAUAUGGGUUCAUUCCCAGAACCAAAUCACAAAUAGUGCCAUGGCCCACUGAGUCACUUUGCGUGUAUAUAGGAUUGAAAAUAUGCCUUUUUUUCAUUACCUCUUGGAUUCUUUACCUUUCUGAAUUUAACAGUGAGUUUGCUAUUCCAGCUAACAGAUUCAUAGAUUAUUACUAGGUUAACUGCCCUUGUUGGCCAUUUUAAGCCUAGCCAGUGUUUUAAAUAACUAUGUGUAAGAGAUGUACUCUCACGUAUUUGUGCCUUCUGCAUAAACUUUCAGUCUCACAGUAGUCAUGUGAUUUUGGAAAAGACUAGUAUUACUACCCUCUAGUGGCAAGAUAUUUGCCUGGCAAACCACAGUUAGUCUCUAAUGUAAUUGCCAGCUGGUGAAAGCAGUAGCAAAUAAUGUAUUUGCUCAGACAGAUAAGCUCACACCAUUCUAUUCCCUACAGAUAUGAGAUGAGAAAUCCACAUAUGUCAACAGUUGUUUACCCAUCCAUUCAGUUGUGCACAUUCUUGUCUUUCUCCCUCCUUUGAUAACUGUUUUCAGGAUGAAUCCAUCCAUUGGCUAAUUGAGAAAACUGUUUCUGUUGUUUUUCCUUAAGAAGCUGAGUUUUUGUUUCAAGACAAGAACCACUAUGGAUACUUAAUCUUCUAGACCUGCCACUUGAACCAUUUCUGUAUUUAAAAGUUUCAGAUUUAUGUCCCAACUCUUCUCAUGCUCAUGUUAUGCAAGCCUGGCUCUUCAAGUCUUUAUUUGUAAGAUUUGAUUAUUGUCUGACUCAGCAGGUUGCUGCUCUUCUCUAAAGCCAUUCUAGGAGAUCCGUGUCCAUAUUUAGGUAUGACUUUCCGUCCAAGGUUCAGUAUACCAGUCGAGAUACAAUUAGUGCUUUGAAGCAUAAUCAUUUCACAACUCUCAGAGAUUUCUGUAACCCACAGGCUUUCUGACACUGGAUGAAAGCAAUGUAUGUUACUAAGAACAGCCAUUUCUCCUACUGUCUGUCACCCCAGAACCUUUUCCUCCACUAAUUUAGGAUACUUUGUUUGAGCUCCAGGAUCAUAGGUUUACUUCCUGGGAUAUGAACUUGAAGGAUCUGUGUGUAAUAGCAGAGAAAGUACUUAUACCAGGGACUCCAUGAUAAUGAGAUUGACUAUACUGUCAGACUACUGGUACCAUGUAAGUUCAGCAGCCACAUACUGUAAAAGUGAGAAACAGAGUGGCCAAGUGAACUAACCAACAGAUUUCUAGGUAUUGCAGUUGGUUAAAUUUGACAAACUGGGUGACCAGAGCCUUAUAAUAAGAGAGGAAAUUUAUUUUGUGCAGUCACCGUCAGGAGUGUGGUUUUGGAAUUCUGUUCGCUGUUUACUUUUCUUUAUUUACUGACACUUUUGUAUAAUUUUAGUUGCUAGCCAAUGGUAUUCUCUUAAAAUUUUGAGUAUAACAAUGCCAUUGGUGCAGGAAACCAUUUCAUUUUUACAGUCAAGGAUGUUACUUGCCAGUAAUCACAAAGGGCAGACCAUGUCAGAAAUCAAAUCACUCAGACAUAGGUAUAAAAUGGGAAAUUACAUAUUGAAGAAAGAACAAAAGUCAAUGAACUGAGCAGAGAAUGGAGUAAUACUUAUCGACCCGUUUAAUGAGAACAUGUCACUGCAGCAAAAUGUUACAGAAGGUACCUGUUGGAAUACUCUACAAAGACUAGUAUGUACCUUUUUAGCUACCACUCUUUGUUUAGGAAAUGUUGCAUUUUGUAAUUCAUGUUAUAAAGAAUGGUAAUUUCAGUUGUUAGCCUAGUAUUGAGAUUAAUUUAUAACAAAAGAAAGUAAUUCCUUGACUAUAAGGAAACUUGUACUAGGAAAUUUAUCCUUGCAGGCAGAUUUAACUAUGUGCAAUGAUGUUUGUUUUUCAGCCAAAUGUUAACUUUUUUCAUGAAGAAUUCUGUAAUAUGUCUCCAUUUAAACUGAGUAAAUGAUAAUCCAUGCAGAACAUUUUUUUUUAGAAAAGAAAAAAAGGAUAACAGAUAUUGAGAUAUUUCCUAUGUUUGGAAAGCAGUGUCGGUUGAUAUUGCUAUUUUAAUUUCAUUUAACAGGUUAUUGUAAAUCCUCUUCAGCCAUGACCAUUGACAUAAGAGCAACAGUAAAUGCAAUAUAUAAUGACACUUUUUAGCACUUGCUAUUUUAAAUUUUAUAGAGGGUUUUAGAGUACUGUAUGUAAAAAAAAACUGCAUGUGUUUUGUUUUGAAUGGCAACCAUGUUUUUAUGUUGAGCUUUGUAAGAAUUUAAAUCACCUAACAUAUUCAGCAGUAGAUUUUUUACUAGUAUAGAAGUGUUUUAAACCAUACUAGCUGAUGUUUAUUUUUUGAAUUAACCAGCAACAAUGUGGCACUUCUGAAAGCUUAGUAAGGGAGGCUUUCAAUUCUGAGGCCAGUAAAAAGUUUAUUUUCUCAAGAACCGAUGUUUUGGUGCAUUAUGAAACUUUUUGAAUGCUUAAUUGUUUAUGAAUAACUUGGUGGUGUAAUUUUUCUGGACACUUUUUCCAGAAAUAAAAAGUCAAAACGUU